AGCUACUUCACUCGGCGGAUGAAUGCAUUUCGCUGAGGCAGACUGAGGAAGAAGAAAUCGCGCAGCACUAUGGAAGAGAAGAGGCGAGAUUCAAUCGGAACCCCUCCGCCGCCGUCGGCCGGGGCGGAUGGGGCGACGCCGGAGCAGCCUACGACUCGGCGGAGCCGCGGGGGGCAGAAGAGGAAAUCGACCUCUAUCAACAGCGUUGGCAGCGGAUCGAACCCUCAAACGACGUCGUCCAAGAGGCAGGCUCGGGAGAAGCCGCCGCCGGUGCCUUUUCCUUCGAUCCACAUGAAUGGACCUUGCACUAGGGCGCGCGUGCAGCCGUACAACUGGAAUAGCUUCUCGGAGGUGGUUGCGGUGAAGAGCGAGGCGGAGGUGCGGGAGGCGGCGGCGAAGGCGGAGGAGAUGAUUAGAGCGAACGAGAAUUGGCAAGCGUUGGGGGCUAAGAUCGAGGCCGAUUACGAGGCUAUUAGAUCGAGGGAUGCGAGUGUUCAUGUGGUGCCUUUUCACGCUGGAUGGUUUUCAUGGACAAAAGUUCAUCCAAUGGAGGAGAAGAUGCUGCCUUCUUUUUUUAAUGGAAAAUCUGAGAGUAGGACUUCAGAGAUAUAUAUGGAGAUACGGAAUUGGAUAAUGAAGAAGUUUCAUUUCAACCCUAAUGAACAAAUUGAGACAAAACAUCUUUCUGAGAUUAAAGUUGGAGAUUCGGAUGCUCAGCAGGAGGUGAUGGAGUUCCUGGAUUACUGGGGCUUGAUUAAUUACCACCCAUUUCCGUUACAGGAGUCUUCUGCAAUAGCAGUUGACAAUGAUGCUGACAAGGAUGAGAAUGGAAAAAAUGUCUCGCUAGUUGAGAACUUAUUUAAGUUUGAAACUGUUGAAUCAUGGACUCCAGUUGUUCCAAGAAUGAAUACAACAAUGCCAAGUGCAUCAUCUGGUUUGCUUCCAGAAUCUGUAGUUGCUGAUGAAUUGGUGAGGUCUGAGGAGCCUCGUGUUGAGUACCAUUGUAAUUCUUGCUCAGCGGACUGUUCAAGAAAGCGCUAUCAUUGCCAAAAGCAGGCUGAUUUUGAUUUAUGUGCUGAUUGUUUCAACAAUGGGAAGUUCGGCUCAGAUAUGUCCCCAUCCGAUUUCAUUCUUAUGGAACCAGGAGAAGUUGGUGGUGCUAGCGGAGGGAACUGGACAGAUCAAGAGACACUUCUUCUGCUUGAAGCGAUAGAAUUGUUUAGAGAUAACUGGAGUGAGAUUGCUGAGCACGUGGCAACGAAAACAAAGGCUCAGUGUAUACUUCACUUUGUUCAAAUGCCAAUUGUAGAUGCAUUUUAUAAUCAUGAUGAUGAAGUUAACGACCCUCCCAAAGACAAUGAAGCACCAGUUGCCACCACUACUGAAAACUCAGCUAUGGAAACCGAUCAAGAUGGAAAUGCAAUUCCUCAAGAGGUCCUUCCGAAAACAGAAAGUCAAGAAGGUGCUACUGAUAAUCAAGACCCAUCGUGUCCGACGGACACAUCAAAGCCAGAUGAGAUCAAUGUAUUAGAUAAGAAUUCCGAGGGUGGGGAAAGCUUUGUGUUGAAGGCCCUCCAGGAAGCAUUUGAAGCUGUGGGUUCUCUUCCAGCACCUGGGGAAAAACUCUCUUUUGCUGAAGCUGGUAAUCCUGUGAUGGCAAUGGCAGCAUUCCUAGUGCGUUUGGUGGACCCCACUGUGGUCACAGCAUCAGUUCAUAAUCUUUUGAAAUCUCUAUCGAGCCAUUCUUCCAGCGAGCAUCUUGCUGCCCGACAUUGCUUCCCUUUGGAGGAUCCACCAGAUGAUAAGAAGAAUCAGACCAAUGUGGAAGGAGCAUUAACUGAAACAAUUGAACAUGAGGCUCAUAAGAACAAGAAUAAUCAGGCCAAGAACAAAGAAGGAACACCUGAAUCAGUUGUCAAUGAGAAUAGUUCACAAGAUGAGACUGAAGCCAGCAAAGAUUCUUUAUCUCAAGAACAUGAAAAAAUGGAUUCUGCUUCUGAAGGUCAGAAAUCUGUUUCAGACAAGUCUGAUACUGUGAAGGAGCCUGAUGAAAUGGUUGCAUCUGACAAAGCCCAACCAGUCUCUGCAAGGGAACCAAGCAGCACUAAAUCUCGUAAAGAUCGUGAAAACUUGACUGUCUCAGUGCACCAUGCAGAGGCUGAAUCCAAGCUUGUGAAAGAAUCAGAAGACAAAGCUUCAGCUGGGGAUGCCUCUCAGCCUAAAGAGCAUAAAAAAGAUGAGAAAAUGACAUCAGAGGCUGACUUGUCGGCAUCAUCUUCAAUAAAUGGGAAAGAAACAAAUACAGGUGAAAAAAGCGAAACUGAUAGCGCUAAAGAGGAGCUAAAUAUCGACAAGCUUAAGAAGGCUGCUGUAACUGCUCUUUCGGCUGCUGCAGUGAAAGCAAAAUUUCUUGCAGACCAAGAAGAAGAAGAGAUACUUAAGCUCACCACAAUGCUCAUCGAAAAACAGGUGUACAAGCUGGAGACCAAAAUGGCGUUCUUUCAUGAUAUGGAAAAUGUGAUGAUGCGGGUGAAGGAGCAAUUGGAUAGGUCGAAGCAGAAACUUUUUCAUGAAAGAGCACAAAUUAUCGCGACAAGAUUUGGCAUGUCAGCAUCUGCUCGUCCCAACAUGCCGGGUGCACCUUCAAACAGAGCUGCGCCGAAUGUUCCCAACCCGACACCAAGACCCCCUUUUAUGGGCAUGAACUCCCUUAGGCCCCCUUUUCCGAGACCGCCGAAUCCAAAUCCUAGUUCGGCUGCUACUUUUGCAGCAGCUGCGAGUAACAACACAGCGCCGGGUUCUGCACAGCCCAACACAGCAGGCAUGAAGUAGUUGCUUCGAUUGCCUGCCUGCUGCCAUGUAAGUUCCUUCCAACUGUCGCCUUGAACGCUUUUACUUAUAUAUAUAUAUACACCAAAGAUUUGGGCAGAUAAACUGACUGACUGACUGACUACAUAUGUUAUGAUCGAUAUUACUAAAAACUCAGAGAGCUUCUAUGUGUAGGAUAUUAUGAUAUUCUUUGUGUUGUGUGGUUUUUUGUACUUUGGCUUAGUUUUAACUAAUGACCCCUUUUGAACUGCUU